GAGGGGAGCAAAAUGGCGGACGAAGAUAUUACGCUUGAUGGAAAACCUCUACAAUCGCUCCGGGUUGCGGAUUUAAAAGCUGCUUUGGAGCAAAGAAACCUGCCCAAGAGCGGACAGAAAAAUGCACUCAUUAAGCGACUGAAAGGGGCUCUGAUGCUCGAAAAUCUCCAGAAGUCGUCGUCCUCUCACAGUGGGCUGCAGCCCAACUCGCAGAUUGGUGAGGAGAUGAGCCAGAAUAGCUUCAUAAAACAGUACCUGGCUAAACAGCAGGAGCUCCUUCACGAGAGGCUGGAGAGAGAGGCCCAGCAGGACGAAGCAGUCGACGAAAGCUCAGCCGUGCUGGAGGAGGACGAAGACCAUUCGGAGGACAAUGACAGUUCCUCCUAUGUCAGUGACAAGAAGAAUCGCUCCAUACCCCCCAAGCCCUUAUUGCCCCGGGCAGAGGAGAGAGGAGGAGGAGAUGCAGGGAUGGUUCACGGAAUGAUGGCGUGUGGCCCCGACAUGGGCCUGGGUCCUACCCUCCCCCCCCAGGAGUUCCUCGAGGCUCCAGGAGCUAGGAUGCAGCGAGCCACCUUUCACCAGGGACACAAGGAGCCCCCGGCCCCGUCUCCCCCCCGCGCCGUAGCCUCCCUGUCGGUGCGCGUCCUGGGCCAGCCCGACCGCCAGGGGCUGCCCCCCGCCGUGCCGCGAGCCCAGGAGAAGGAGGGCACCGCACCGAGCGAACCGGGAUCCGCGCACCCCGUCCUCCACCUCAGCCGAUCAGCUGGAGUCUCAGGGGGGAGUCAGGCUCGCGAGGACAGCGAUGAUGACGACAGUGACGACGAGAGCGAGGAUGAUGAGGAUUGGGGGCCCGGUCCCGGCGGGGCGCGGAGGGGAAACAGAGCGCCGCCCCAGCCGCAGCAGAUGCCUCCCAGCUUCCCGUCAACAGUUGCCAGAUCCAAACGCAAGCUCCAGCCUCCCCAGCACAUCCCACCACCACAGGUACACCACACACCAAUGCAACUGCGCCACCCCACCCCUCCUCCCUCUCCCCCCCCUGACCUGUUUCCCCUACCUGACACUCCCAAACAGAGCCCACCAGACACAGAGGACCAGGAAGGAGAUAGGCCCGAGGCUUCGCGUGGUCCCAGGGGGCCGUCUUUCCCACCUUCCACCAUGCAGAGGCAAGACUCUGACUCGAGCUCUCGUUCCAGCAGUCCGGAGCCUUCUAUGAAGCGAAGGCCCGGGCCCCUCUCUCUGCUCGCACACAGGAUGGACUCUGAGGGGGCUUUCCGUGCGGCAGAGGCCACCUCCGCUGUGGAUCUGUCAGGAGAGGCGACGGCACACUCCACUGCCGCGUUUGCCAGUUUUGGUGAUUCUCCGCUGAAAAGAUUGGAGAGAAAGAGGCUCCAAGAGAACAGAGACGUGGAGGAAGAAAGGCGCCUGAAGGAGGAGAAAGAGAGAGAACAACAGCAGAAGCAGGAGAGAGAAAGAAUGAAGAUACAAGAGCAGGAGAUAGAGAGGGGACGCCUGGAAGAAGAGAGGAAACGCCUGGAAGAGGAGGAGAAGCAGCGUGAAAAAGAGCGAAAGCGCCAGGAAGAGGAAAAGGAGAGGAAACACCAGGAAGAGGAGAAGGAAAGGAAACACCAGGAAGAGGAGAAGGAGAGGAAACACCAGGAAGAGGAGAAGGAGAGGAAACACCAGGAAGAGGAGAAGAUACGAGAGGGGAAACUGCAAAAGGAGAAGGAGAGGAAACACCAGGAAGAGGAGAAGAUACGAGAGGGGAAACUGCAAAAGGAGAAGGAGAGGAAACACCAGGAAGAGGAGAAGAUACGAGAGGAGAAGGAGAGGAAACAGGAGACAGCCCACAAAGGCAGGGUGGCUGUGACUGAGGCCCAAGACUCAGGUUCCUCAUCGGACUCCGACUCCUCUUCACACUCGUCCUCCUCCUCCUCCGGGGUUACAACCGGCCCUGCCAGACAGCUGAAGAAGCCAAAGCAAGGACAUAAAGCAGAGGAGGAGAAGAAGAAGACUGACCUUAGUAAAGGGGCAGAGAAACAACACGUUUCAACAAGGUCAGUAUCCAUCGAUGAAAUACACUUAAAGGUGGGGUAGGUAAGUUUGAGAAACCGGCUCGAGAUACACUUUUUGUUAUAUUCCAUG